AUGGGGAGGAUGAGAAGGCGAAUCACGAUGAUUGGCAGUCGCGUCGUCGAAUCGUUGCAGUUUGACAUGAGUGUAAAGAUCUGGUUCCAAAACCGCCGUUCUAAGUACAAAAAAAUGAUAAAAACCCAGCAGCACCCAAUUGGCAAGCAGCAACAGUCUUCCGACAAGUCGAUACAGCCAAUGUCAGAAAACUUGGAUUCGCAGAACAACCCUUUGCUCAUUCAACAAACCGAAUCUCCAGCGCCAAAUAACCCAAUGGACGGCAGCGGCGUGCCUGGUUCUGUUAACUAUAACGGUGGUACGACUAUGUCGCCAUCUUCAGCGCGACAUUCAAAUUCAGUCGAGCAGAAUCCGCUGGACGGUGGGUGUUCGAUGGCAGGACCAACUACACUCCCUCAGAGCGGUGGCGGUGGCGGUGGCCCAGUGAUGGCAUCAUUGUCUCGACUGACUACUGAU